GGUCCUCAUUCACGUGCGUCACAGGAACACGUUUUGAGAAUACACAACGUAGCAGCAGUUCCCGUUCAAACUCAGUGUAUACAUUUUAUCCGAGUUACAGUUAAAACUCGUCUUUAUCCAGCUAACACGUCGUUUGGCAGACUCUUCUCCAGAGUUAUCUGCUAUUCCAACAUGGGGAAACGAAGCAGGCAGAGGCAGAAAACCCAAAAUACUGGCAGAGACGACAGAGACAACAGAGACAACGCUGGCUGGGGAGCUGGCUAUGCAGACAUUGUCAAGGAGAAUAAGCUGUUCGAGCAUUACUACCAAGAGCUAGGCCUGGUGCCUGUGGGAGAGUUUGAAGAGUUCAUGAAUGCAAUGAGGGAACCGCUGCCUGCAACCAUCCGCAUUACUGGAUACAAGAGCCAUGCCAAAGAAAUCCUCCACUGUCUGAAGGAGAAAUACUUCAAGGAUAUUCAGGAGGUGGAGAUCGAUGGCCUGAAGAUUGAGGCUCCACAGCCUCUUAAAUGGUAUCCCGAUGAGCAGGCCUGGCACACCAACAUGAGCCGGAAGAUCAUCAGGAAGUCUCCGCUGCUCGAGAAGUUCCACCAGUUCCUGGUCAGCGAGACUGAGUCGGGUAACAUCAGCCGACAGGAAGCUGUCAGUAUGAUCCCUCCUCUCCUCCUGAAGAUCGAGUCACACCACAAGAUCCUGGACAUGUGUGCAGCUCCAGGGUCGAAAACAGCCCAGCUGAUCGAGAUGCUCCAUUCUGACAUCGACGUGCCAUUCCCAGAGGGCUUUGUCAUUGCCAACGACGUGGACAACAAGCGCUGCUACCUGCUGGUGCACCAAGCCAAGCGUCUCAACAGCCCCUGCAUCAUGGUGGUCAACCACGACGCCACCUGCAUCCCCACCCUCAAGAUCGACUCGGACGGCAAGAAGGACAUCCUCUUCUACGACCGCAUCCUUUGUGACGUGCCCUGCAGCGGCGACGGCACCAUGAGGAAGAACAUCGACGUGUGGAAGAAAUGGACCACCAGCAACAGCCUGCACCUCCACGGGCUCCAGCUGCGUAUCGCUGUGCGUGGUGUGGAGCAGCUGGCAGUGGGAGGGAGGAUGGUGUAUUCCACCUGUUCACUCAACCCUAUAGAGGACGAGGCUGUCAUCGCAGCGCUGCUGGAGAAGAGCGAAGGAACGUUGGAGCUGGUCGACGGAUCAGCUGAUCUGCCGGGGCUGAAGUCGAUGCCUGGGGUCAAUUCCUGGAAGCUGAUGACCAAGGAGGGCCAGUGGUUCUCUGAUUGGUCCGAGGUUCCCGUCAGUCGUCAAACGCAGAUCCGCCCCACCAUGUUCCCGCCAACAAACCCAGAGAAACUGGCCAACUUCCAUCUGGAGAGAUG